AUUUGUUGCUGAGUAAUCAACCUGAAAAAGAACGGCUCUGCAAAUGGAAGCUUUAAAAAUGCAACAAUUACUUUUACCUCUUGUUUUACUCUCUUUUACUGCAGCAUUUGAACUGAUUGACCUGUCAACUGCUAAAGGCUACGUUUGGAAUGCUGCCCUGCCUAAUAAAAGCAUACAAGUUCCCGGAACUGUUCCAGGAAGCAUCUAUACUGAUCUGGAAAAGGGGGGCAUAUUCACCGGUGGGCCGUUACUGUUUCGUUUCAACGAUUUAGACUAUCGCUGGGUCUCGUAUGAAGAUUGGGAUUACUCUCUCACUUUCCAAGUGUCAUCAACUGUUGCAUCGUAUUCGGCUGUUGACUUCGUUUUCUAUGGUGUUGAUACAGUAGCAGACAUUGAACUGAAUGGAUCACCACUUGGUGUUACUAACAACAUGUUUGUUCGUUACAAGUACGACGUCAAAAAUAUCCUCAAGACUGACAGUCCCAACGAGCUUGUUGUACGUUUCAAGUCGCCCGUUAAGUACGCCCAAGAUCGAUACGACGAACAAGCAGUCGCCUACCCCGUUUUACCGACAUGCCUUGAUCCAGCCUAUCAAGGGGAGUGCCACGCUAAUCACAUCAGGAAGAUGCAGUCGUCUUUCAGCUGGGAUUGGGGACGCUUUCCCACUGUCGGAUUAUGGCAUGAAGUCAAGAUAGAAGCUUACAACAGCGUUUCCCUUCGUGACUUUUGGGUCGGAUUCGAACGAGACGAAACGCUACAACAAUGGAAAGUUGACAUCAAAAUUCACUGCGAGACUCCUGAUUCCGGUGUCGAUCACAGUGGAAUAUUCACAAUUACCAUCUCUGACGGCGAACAAGUCAUCCAUACACUUGUAGAACAAACUACUUUAAAUGGAGACGUCAACAGAGAAGUUUCCUCGUCCCUCUUCACUUUUAAUGUUCCCUUCACGCAGAUUGAGCAAUGGAUGCCCAACGGUUGGGGCCAGCAAAAACUUUAUGAUAUUAAAUUUGAAUUUCAAGAAGGCGACGAAACAGUGACACUGCAAGAUCGAAUCGGCUUUCGAACUGUUGAAUUGGUUGAGGAUGAUCUGACAGUCGGCAGAAGUUAUUAUUUUCGCGUCAAUGGUGAGCCCGUCUUCCUGAAAGGAUCCAAUUGGAUUCCGUCUGCUGUUCUUCCCGAGUUAAUUACAGAACAAUAUUUACGAGAACUGUUGACAGCAUCUAAGGCAGCACAUAUGAAUGCUAUGCGGAUCUGGGGUGGUGGUAUUUAUGAAUUCACCGAAUUUUACAGGAUUGCAGAUGAAUUAGGUAUACUUAUCUGGCAUGACAUGAUGUACGCCUGUUCCAUGUAUCCAGCAAAUGACCUAUUUCUGGAAACUGUUUCGACUGAAAUUCGCCAGCAAGUUAGACGCAUAUCACGACAUCCAUCUGUACUCAUUUGGGCUGGAAAUAAUGAAAAUGAGGCUGCACUUCGACAGAACUGGUAUGGAACAGCGAGCAAUUUCGAAAUAUAUAAGGCUGAUUACAUUAAGCUUUACGUCGACACAAUCAAGACGAUUGUUAAUGAAGAAGAUCCUUCCCGCCCGUUCACCGUUUCUUCACCAUCUAACGGCAAACGUAGCGAAGAAGAAGGCUACGUCUCUCAAAACCCAGGAAUGGAAGAAUACGGCGAUGUGCACUAUUACAACUAUUUUGGAAAUAUGUGGAAUUGGGAAACAUAUCUAAAGCCCAGAAUGGCCACUGAAUACGGUUUCCAGGCUUUGCCCUCUGUACAUGCGUGGACAACAGCCGCUAAUCCCAUUGGGCAAGACGAUGAUUGGCAUUAUGACGGACAGCUUUUGUUCACUAGGCAACAUCACCCAGGCGGCAACGAUGAACUAGUUUUGCAAGUAGAAGGACAACUUGGAAAGGCCAGAGUAACUACGCCUGAGCAACAGUUCCUCGACAUGAUCUAUCUGACGCAAAUGCAUCAAGCGGAAGCUAUCAAGAUCGAAUCGGAACAUUAUAGAAGGUUGCAAUACUUGGAUUUUGACGGACUUGGACAUUGCAUGGGCUCACUCUAUUGGCAACUGCAAGACAUUUGGCAAGGACCUUCUUGGGCAUCUAUCGAAUAUGGUGGACGUUGGAAGCCAUUACAUCAUUUCGCCACAAAAUUCUUUGCUCCGCUCUCUUUCAUGCUGUGGAUCCGUGAUGGAAAUGUCGCAGUUUAUCCGCACGACUAUCGUAAUGGAGCCGAUAUGGUGCCCGGCAUUCUUCUUAUUAAACUCCAAUCUUGGUCACAAAUCAACCCAGUCGUCAUCGAAAGGCUUCCUAAUGUGAACGGACUUUCGUCGUUGGAGUGGCAAAAACCACUCGAUUCUUGGCUGUCCGAUAAUGGAUGUUCAAGACAAACAUGUUUCUUAACAGCCACGUACGAAGACCCUCAAACAGGCCGUCUACUAGCGCCUGAUAGUUACCUUUACCCUAGUAAUUUCACCGCCAUCACUAACUUGGUUAAAGCCAAUGUUCAAGUGACAGGCGUAGGCGAGGUUUACCAAAGCGAGUCAUCUUGGGUAAUUGAUGUGUCGUUAUCGACCGACUAUCCUGCGGCUUUUGUCUGGCUUGAUACCAUUACAGAUCGCAAAGGUCGAUUCUCGGACAAUGGAUUCCUAAUGCCUACGGCCACCAAAACUGUUUCUUUCCUGUCACCGGAACCCAUUACGGACUCGAAAGCCUUCCUUGAAGACCUUAAAGUUGCUCAUCUCGCUGAAAUCAUCCGUUAAAAAAGGAGAAGUCGUUUCAGUUGAUUUUUCAUUAGUUUAAGGCUUUUCAGGUUAGCCCGGGUUUCUAAAUAAAUCAAAGCAAAAUGG